AUGGCAGACGGAGGAAAAAGUUUUGAUACUUGCUUUCGAAGUUCCAAACGAAAAGCAGGGUCAACACCUCCGUUGCGAGCCUAUUUCAAACAACAGUCGUCACUGCGUUCAAGUUACGGGGCGCUUCGGAAAACAAAUCUUUUCCAGGCUUUCUUACCGCAGGAAGUAUCGCAUCGAUUUAUGUUCACAAAUAAAACCCAUUGCCUAUUGUGGGCUGUUUUGCUUUGGGAUACAUUUCAGCCUAAACAAUUUGAUACGCAAAGCCCAUUGUGGCGGCGAUUAAAUCGAUCUGUCGGUGGUUACAUCAUCACUGAGCCCUGACGGUGGGGUCGAUUUAUAAUCUUGUUUUACGGCAUACUUUCUCCGUACAACUUAUUAAUGUUUUUUUAUUUGUUUGUUUGCGUGCCUCCCCUUGGCUUGCUAGGGGUUAUUUUAGUUUUCUUUUCAUUAUUGAGAAAGUGUGUAUAAUUUUUGGUGUGAGCGUGUUUAAUUUUUGCGAGGUGGGGUUCGAUUCCCCAACAAAGUUGGUGUCUGGUGACCCUCAUGUUUUAUGGUGAACCCAGCCCUAAGGCCUUGCACUUUCAGCCAUGGGUUGGAUUAGUCGUUUAGUUCGGCAGGCAUUGCACCGCCCUCACGAGAGCCUGGCCGUUCGCCUUAAACACAACAACUACCUUCUGUUCUUCAUGCAUCUUCAAAAGCUGUGGUAAGCAGUAAAAGUAUGUGUGACUGCAGAUUAACUGUAAAAAGGAAUUAUUAAACAACCAAACUGUAAACGACACUGAAAUCGCGAACCUUCAAGGAUACAAGUUAAGAAAAUUAAGUAAAAGCUGCGGAAAAGAAAGGUUCGUAAACACUUAAAGGUCUUGCUCAAGAAAAGUGUUCCAAAAUCGUCAACGAUUCACUAACUGGUCACUAAUUACAAAGCGACCCUUGUUCGAUUUUUGCAGUGAUCAAAUAGCUUUUUCAAUAGCUCAAAACAUCGAUUUACUAAAAGCAGUGCUGUUUACAACUUCUGUCCAAACGAAAUAAAGUCGUUUCACCGGAUAUCUCCUGUAACGAAACAUGGAUCAUUUACAAAAAAUCGUAGCUCAGAAAUAGAGAGAUGGAAAGUGAGAGCAAAACCCAGUAGGACAACUGUGACCUGUCACGUUGGUUCAACAAAAAUUGUACAUGGAAGCCUGAUGUACCGAAUGAUACAAUUCAAGUUCAACCUGUAGUACCGCCCGUGUGUAUAUUAAGUUCGCAGACGAAUUUCAUACGCUCAGACGCAGGGUAGUCAGACGCACAUAUACGAUUUUGCUGCGCGUGCGAUCGAAGACAAUGCACCACUCGUGUGCUUUUGUUAUUCAGUGCUAUAAGCUUCCUUUGCAUUACAUUGUUGUGUAAAACAAAGAACUUUUAUAGUAUAUUAAAGUUCACACAGCAACCAGGUGGACAAUCAGACAUGGUUUGAUGCUACUCUGGUUAACAGUUUUAAUGAAUGUAACUGAAGAAGUUAAUGUUCAUAGACCCAACGUUUCGACACUCCUGUCUAGUGCCUUCAUUAGGGGUGGUCUAAACGCUGCAACAAGAGGUCUUUUUAUAUGAUCACUAAUUAGCUACCUUUAUUCUGACGAGGUGUAAAUAGGCGUCAGGAAGCAAGACGCCAUCGUCACGAUUCAAAGGAGUGUGGGCGGAGUUAACCAAACCUAAGGAUCCUGUCACGAAAGAACAACGAACCGACGCUAUUUAUUCUAUUCGUUGCAAUGACUGUGACAACGAAUACAUCGGACAGACCAAACGUCAGUUUGGUACACGUUUGAAAGAGCGUCAAAAAGCGGUUUCUUUAGCAAAAAGGAAAAUUUAG